AACUCCUUUGUGCUGCCGAUGAACAAAGAUUUUUCCAGGCAUCGCAAGUUCUAGCUUCUGGGAACGUUUUGUAGGGUAGCUGAUAUUCCGUGUGGUCUAGUAGUGUCUAGGUCUAGGGUGUCAGUAUCGAAAUAAAAGGGACCAUGAGCAAGACGAUUUCUUUGUCCUCUUCAACAUUGCCACGACAUACUACUCUGUAGUACUUAUGAUGACUGGAGAUGACAUAGUCUUAGUCAUCAGGUCUUAGUCAUCACUUGUACGUAGUAUACUAGAUGUGAAGAUAUGGUUGAGAUCCAAGAUCGUUGACGUUUUGUUGGAUGUUUACUCUUUGACCCAAGACGAGGACUAAUAUUCUAGUAUCUAUCAUGUACAUACUUCUGUAGUUUUGACUAACAGUAACAACAGUAACAACAAGAUGGAGAGUUUUUCGAGGACAGUGCAGUGCGUCAUGGCCGGCGACAUGGACUACGUUGGGCAGAAAAAUGCGUAUUUGAAUUUGUUUUUAUAGCUUAGACAUCCCGUCUUGCAAUACUCCAGACAUUAGCUAUAGUAAAGGUAGACCUCUCGUCUUGCAAUAAAGACAUCAACAUUGGCUAAUAUAGCUAUACCUAUAGAUUUAGAUAUUACCUGCGACUAGUAGUAAGCCACGUCCACACGUUACUAUCGUCCCUACCUCCAAAUGCUCGCAAUAAAUCACUUUCACUACUGCAACUACAGCUACGACGUCCAGGCCGCGCUGAUAUACAGCUUCACGGUCGUAGGGUUGGCGGUUUCAUACUACACCGAAUUUUUCAUAUGGUGCUUCUAUUAAGGCGAGUCAUCUCAUAAUAGUUGCAAUCAGCACGACGACCAUUGAAUCUUUAAUAGCUUUUAUCAUUUUUUAUCCCCUCUUACCCGUUCUUUACAUUUCCUAGAAAGAGGAGGAGCGUGGUCAGCAUGAUCAUGAUGUGUAAUACUAGAAGUAGCAUCGUGCGAUUUUAUUUUGGUACAACUAAAAUUUUCUCUAAUGGUUUCUUUCCCUGAUCGGGUGUGCGGUCGCAGCAGUAAUAUGUUUACCCAGUUGGCCAAUAUUCUUCCGAAAUCCUCUGCCGUGGCAACCAGCAGACAACCGUGAGCGGUAUAGUUACGAAGACUCUGAUCUGAGCGAGGAAUCAGGAGACGAAGCUAGUAAAGACGAUGCUGCAGAUUAGGCGCCAUGCUGCGAAAGACACCAUGAUGAUGAAGGCGAUGUAGUGCUAGUAAGUAGAUUAUAAUGAAUAUCAAUAUGAUUCGUGUGUGUUAUCUAUGUCAUGUUUGUUUUGGUGGGAAGGGUCAUGGUCAUGGGUGGAAAUGUCGUGUCCCGACACGGACAGUGUUUUGAUAAUUCGUCGAACCAUGAUAGAACCAGCACUUGUUGACACGAUUCUCGCCACACACAUACAGAUAGACUGCACGCAGAUCUGUCACCCCUCCCUGCGACCUCCGGAUGCCCCAUCCUUGCACGCUUCAUCCUUGCAAGUGACCAAACCUGAUGAUGCUGUCGACCCAUGACACCGUUGACCGUCACCUCCCUUAAAAAUUCUUUGACCCUCUCACCACUCCCAAGAAAGCUUCCAUUGACGAGUCUUUUUUGCGCAUCACACUUUCCCGAAUCAAUUUUCCUGAUCAACUGGUAUGGUACGCAUCUAUGUUUAUACGGUUGUUGGCGUCAAGCCAGCAAAUCAUAUCAUGCACACUACAAUGUGGUAGUUUAAACUCAAUUCUUCUACCGCACUGAAUGCGUCCACGACUUACCAGAAGGCUAGGUACUAUCGAAAAUCUGUAUUUCGCUGUGUAGCCUACUCCAGUGUAAAGUAAGGUCACUUUCUGUGUCAUGAAAAAAAUGUGUGAGGGUGAGGUGGAUUUGCUUGUAGGUUCGGGCCACGACCCCGAUUCAAGUCACGCGGUGGUGCACUUGUAGACAGUAGACAACAACAAAAAAGUCGCCUAUUCUAGAGUGAGAGAAAGAGAAGC